ACAAUAAUGUAGGUUAGCUACCUUUCGCCCUUCGCCACUGUCUCAAUAAUAACAUAAUAAGUGUGCCCGUUUUUGUCUAAAUUGUCAAACACAAACGAUGUUUACGUUAAGAGAACACGUUUUACGACCCAUGACGUCAUCACAAUCUCCGUGGUUAACCGCCGCCUACUACAACAGUGGAACAAGCUUUAAUAUUUUAUACAUAUAUGUUUAAAUUAAAUUAAUUUAUUUGUUACUAGUCUCCGCACAGAUCAUGAGCAAAAAAGGGUCAGAUGAACCAACUAGAUUUUUCAAGUUCUUGCGGCCACGAUUCAAAGAGAAGAGGAAACAAACACGUCAAGCCGAGGACCAAACAGCUGGAUCUAUUUUGGGUAUCUCAACUCCUCAAAGAGGAUCGUCUCUUGGUUUAGAAACUUCCGCAGAAAACUGCAUCGCCGAACCUAUGUCAGCGUUGAAAGACGAGGUGGACCGGAUGAGUUCGAUGUUCAGCAAGACACAGGAGGUGCUGGAGGCGAUGAACGUUCAGUUCGGCCAGGUACAGCGCUCCCUGGCGGACAUCAGCAGCCAGCUGCAGGAGUUCCGAGACGCCCUGCCCAACAAGGACUCGCUGUCUGGCGAGGCGGAGCUGUCGCUGGAGCGCGUGGACGCCUACCGCAACAAGUACCUGAGGAGGAUGCUGGAGCUUCAGCGCGAGAAGAGCGCGGUGUUCGCCAACAUCCUGGCCCCGUACAAGAAGAACCAGGCCGACCUCGAGCGGCUGAUCGGCCUCUGCAAGGACGUGCAGGGCCAGCUGCAGCACAAGUCGCACGAGAACGCAGAGCUGGAGUCCAUGUCGAGCAAGUAUGAAGAUGAAAACGAAAACCUCAUAGCUGGUAUACGUCGUCUUCGAAGUGAAAACUGGGAUCUUGAACUUUAUUUAAAUAGUCAAGCGGAGCGGAUCAGUCGGUCGUACAGGUGCACGUGCAUUGACGAUGACACUGACAAUGCAGAAUGUAAUGACUCACUGUCCCAAGCUGCAGACCAAGAUACAAGUGAACUGGAGUCAAACAUCAGCGCCAGCGUAGAGUCAUCGUGUACGGACUGAACUCGGGCAAUGUAACACGCGAAAACCAUUGGAAAAACAAAAACACUGAUUAAAUGCAGUACAAUCAUGUGGUUUAUAAUCUUAUGGUAUAUGCUUCUGUCAUUAACAUUUCACUUUAUGUUUAAUUAGUGGCAGCCUUCAGAAAGUAUUAACAUCACCUUUAUUAGAGUUAAGACCCUUUCAUUAUGACAUAAAUAAAAAUAGUCCAUUAGUCUGGAAGAGUUCAUUUUGAAUACUGUGGUAGUUAUAACAUGGCACUGUUAAAUGUCAGGUUGGUAGAAGAAGACGAAGAAGAAAUUACAUUACACAUUCGCAUUAUAUAUAAAAACACAUAUAUCACAAACUGACGUUUAUAGCAAAGAUACGUUUAUUUUUAUACAUUUUUGUCUUUGAAGAUCAUUUCUAGUUAAGGAAAAACAACGUAUUUAUUACAACAUUUUAAUUAUAUAAUUCUUUUGUUUGUAUGUAUAUAUGUAUGUGAGUUUGUAUGUUUGUGUAUAUGUACCCAAUUUGUAACAUGGUAGAAUAAAACAUUAAAAACAAA